GCAUCUGUGCCGGAGGUGAAAAAGGCCAGAGGAGACGUUCCAGAUAUUUUUCCGGAACCCGAAUCCGAGCCGACCAGCCAGACGCUGGCCGGCCUGGACCAGGCCAUCCACAAGCUGAGCGUGGGCCAUUAUACUCUGGACGUUAAAGUCAGCCAACUGAUGGAUCGCCUCUCAAAGAUGGACGCCGAAAACCACCAAGAACCACCACAGAUACUAACUCAGAUGGAUGACAAACCAAACGCAUCUGUGCCGGAGGUGAAAAAGGCCAGAGGAGACGUUCCAGAUAUUUUUCCGGAAUCCGAGCCGACCAGCCAGACGUCGGACUUUGAGAACUCUUACAACUACGUCUUGUCCAGGCUGGCCGGCCUGGACCAGGCCAUCCACAAGCUGAGCGUGGGCCAUUAUACUCUGGACGUUAAA